CAUCUAAUCUGUUUGUCAUUCUCAUUCUGGUUUUUGGCUUCAAUAGCCGGCCUUGAUUAGUAUAUAGUCUGUUACCAGAGCUCAACCGAUCAUUCGCAUUUAAACAUAAACCACAUUCCGUGGAUCGUUAUUGCAGCACAGGUCCCAUGUUUAAACGCGUAGUCUUCAUUUUACCAGCCAGCCUUUUCUAAUCGAUUUAAGUAUUGAUCGAAGUGCGACCAUCGACAGUCUCAUACAACACUCUCCUCCUCAAAAGCUUGUAUUGUUUUCGUCGAAAUCAGCUUGUAGAUUAAUCAAUGGCAGUUGCUGUUCCGGGAGAGAGAACUUUGGCGGAAACUCCGACUUGGGCAGUGGCUGUUGUUUGUGCAGUUUUUGUGAUAAUCUCUAUAAUCAUCGAACAUGGAAUUCAUAGUCUUGGAAAGAUUUUCCAAAAGCGGCAAAAGAAAGCCAUGAUUGAGGCGCUCGAGAAGAUCAAAGCAGAGCUAAUGUUGCUGGGAUUCCUUUCCUUGCUUUUAACUGUCGGUACAACUUACAUAACGAAGAUAUGUAUUCCUAUAAGUGCCGGAAGUAUUAUGCUCCCGUGUCGUAAAGAUGCUGAUGAUCUUGGAGAAGCAAAAAAAGGCGAUGGGAAAGGUGACGACGAUGGGGAUCACAAGAGGAAGUUAUUAGGCUUGGCCGAGGAGUUAGUAUGGCGGCGAUCGUUAGCUCCUGCAGCCGGCGGGAAAGAUGAUUACUGUGGCGCCAAGGGAAAAGUAUCGUUGAUAUCAUAUUCAGGGGUGCACCAGCUUCAUAUAUUCAUAUUCGUCCUUGCCGUAUUUCAUGUUCUUUACAGUGUCAUCACUAUGGGUCUUGCACAAGCUAAAAUGAAGAAAUGGAAAGCAUGGGAAUUAGAAACGACUUCGUUAGAAUAUCAGUUUACAAAUGACCCUGCAAGAUUCAGGUUUACCCAUCAAACUUCUUUUGUAAAGCGUCACUCGGGAGUCUCCACAAAACCUGGAAUCAGAUGGGUUGUAGCAUUUUUCAGGCAAUUCUUUGGAUCCAUAAACAAGGUGGAUUACUUGACAAUGAGAAACGGAUUCAUCAACGCUCAUUUUGCUCCAAACAGCAGAUUUGAUUUCCACAAGUACAUCAAGAGAUCCCUCGAAGACGAUUUCAAAGUAGUUGUUGGCAUAAGUGUACCACUGUGGUGUUUUGCUGUCAUAUUUUUGCUGCUAAACGUUUACAAAUGGCAUACACUCUAUUGGAUCUCUCUCAUACCUCUUGUUAUACUUCUAGUAGUUGGAACAAAGCUCGAAAUGGUAAUCAUGGAGAUGGCACUUCAAAUUCAAGAUAGAAGCAGCGUUGUCUCUGGGUCUCCUAUUGUAGAACCUAACAACAAUUUGUUCUGGUUCAACAAUCCCCGAUGGAUUCUUUACUUGAUUCAAUUCACAUUAUUUCAGAACGCAUUCCAGAUGGCUUACUUUUUGUGGAGUUGGUAUGAGUUCACCUUAAAAUCAUGCUUCAAUGAAAAUUUGCCAGCCAUUUUGAUAAGAGUUUUCCUCGGUCUCGCACUUCAAAUCCUAUGCAGUUAUAUCACUUUCCCCCUGUAUGCGCUGGUGACGCAAAUGGGAUCGCAUAUGAAAACAGCUAUCUUUGAAGAGCAUACAACAAAAGCACUUAAAAAAUGGAGAAAAGCGGCCAAGGAUAAGAGCAAAGCGAGGAGAGCUGGGGAUGAUGGUUCUAGGUCCGGGUACUUGAGUGGUGAUAAUACCCCGAGUAUUGGUUCAUCCCCGGUACAUUUGCUUCAUAAAGUGAAACAUAAUUCUACUGAUAUCGAAAGUUUUAUGAAUUCUUCACGGUCAUAUCAGUCUGAUACUGAUCUAUCAGAUUAUGAAGGUCCUUCACCGGUGUCACGUGAACAAUACCGUGGAUCAGGAAGACAAGAACACCAACCUAAUCAUCAAACUGUUAACGGAGAUAAACAAAUUCAUAGUGCUGAUUUUUCAUUUGAUAAACCUUAAAACUGGAGAUCGAAAUUUCGGAAUGAACAAUGUAUUCCUCGGUUUCUUCAUGAUUAAAUAGUUUUGGUAUAUCAAACUAGACUAAUUACAUCAAAUUUAUGUGAUGCUUAUACUUAAUUGUACAAUAAAUAAAAUCACUACUUUUUUAUUUAUUUUUAAAUAACGACUUUCUAC